GCUUAAAGAAGCCAAUUUUUUUCCUGAGUUCCCUCCUUUUUUCCCUUCCUCUUUUUUUGUUCCCGUCCCCAUCCCCUCUUUCUGUUUCCACCGAGUAACUGCUGGGAUGGUGAUUGGGUAGCUGGAGGGGCCAGACUCAGUUCCCCGGCCCUAGUCUGGGCGUAGUGGGUGGGACUCAGCCCAGAGCUGGUUUUCCACAGGCAGAUUUCUGUGCACUUCUACACGUUUGCUUAGCGAGACCCGAGGCCAAAGGCGGACCACCGCUGGGGAAACGCCCUAAGCGACCCACACCUGCCGGGGAGGGACCUCCGCCGGCUGCCAAAGGACCCUGAGUGACCUCACCAUGUGCAAGGCGCGCCCUGGAGCUGCUGUAGAUCCGAAACGCAGUCCAGAGAUCUGGGAGGUCACUGAUGGGAAUGAGCAAGAAGCCAGCAGAAGACAAUGGUUUGGGGAGUGGACACCUGGGCAAAGGAAGUUGGGCGGACCAAGGAAAACUUCUUAAUCCUGAAAUAAUUUCCAGACAUCUCAGUCACCAGUGUCUUUGAUCUGAUCGCGGCUUUUAUUUGUCAUCCCACAUACGAAGACCAGCUCACCAGGACGAGAUCCACAGCAGAGUGAGGCCACCAGCACCAUGUUCUGUACAAAGCUGAAGGAUCUCAAGAUCACAGGGGAGUGUCCUUUCUCAUUACUGACACCAGGGCAGGUUCCUAAGGAGCCGGCAGAAGAGGCAGCAGGGAGCUCAGAGAGCUGCAAAGCCACUCUGCCCGUCUGUCAGGAUGUUCCUGAGAAGAAUGCACAAGGAAGUCUUCCGAAAAGAAAGACCAGUCGGAGCCGAGUCUACCUUCACACCUUGGCUGAGAGCAUCUGCAAACUGAUUUUCCCAGAGUUUGAGCGUCUGAACCUUGCACUCCAGAGAACAUUGGCAAAACACAAAAUAAAAGAAAGCAGAAAAUCUGUGGAAAGAGAAGACUUUGAAAAAAUAAUUGCAGACCAAGCACUUGCUGCAGGAGUUCCUGAGGAGAUCAUCAAAGAAUCUCUCGGUGAAGAGCUUUUCAAAAUAUGUUAUGAGGAAGAUGAACACAUCCUGGGUGUGGUUGGAGGGACCCUCAAAGAUUUUUUAAACAGCUUUAGCACGCUCCUGAAACAGAGCAGCCCCUGCCAAGAACCAGAAAAGAAGGGCAGGCUGGAGGACGCGUCCAUUCUCUGCCUGGAUAAAGAUCAUGAUUUCUUAAACGUUUACUAUUUCUUUCCUAAGAGGACCACAUCCUUGAUUCUUCCCGGCAUCAUUAAGGCAGCAGCUCAUAUCUUGUACGAAACAGAAGUGGUAGUGUCGUUAAUGCCUUCCUGUGUCCGUGAUGACAGCAGUGAGUUCGUGAAUCAGCCCUAUUUGUUAUACUCGGUUCACGUGAAAAGCACCAAACCAUCCCUGUCCCCAGGCAAACCCCAGUCCUCACUGGUCAUCCCGGUUUCUCUCUUCUGUAAGACAUUUCCUUUCCAUUUCAUGUUUGACCACGACAUGACAAUUCUGCAAUUUGGCAAUGGGAUCAGGAGGCUGAUGAACAGGAGAGACUUCCAAGGAAAGCCUAAUUUUGAAGAGUACUUUGAAAUUCUGACUCCAAAAGUCAACCAGACGUUUAGCGGAAUCAUGACUAUGUUGAAUAUGCAAUUUGUGGUCCGAGUGAGAAGAUGGGACAACUCUGUGAAGAAAUCUUCAAGGGUUAUGGACCUCAAAGGCCAAAUGAUCUACAUCAUUGAAUCCAGUGUGAUCUUGUUCUUGGGGUCUCCCUGUGUGGACAGAUUAGAAGAUUUUACAGGACGAGGGCUCUACCUCUCUGACAUCCCGAUUCACAAUGCACUGAGAGAUGUGGUCUUGAUAGGAGAACAGGCUAGAGCUCAAGAUGGCCUUAAGAAAAGGCUGGGAAAAUUGAAGGCUACCCUUGAGCAAGCCCACCAAGCCCUGGAGGAGGAAAAGAAGAAGACAGUUGAUCUCCUGUGCUCUAUAUUUCCCUCCGAGGUGGCGCAGCAGCUGUGGCAAGGGCAAGUGGUGCAAGCCAAGAAGUUCAAUAACGUCACCAUGCUCUUCUCAGACAUUGUCGGGUUCACUGCCAUCUGCUCCCAGUGCUCACCGCUGCAGGUCAUCACCAUGCUCAAUGCUCUCUACACGCGCUUUGACCGGCAGUGCGGAGAGCUGGAUGUCUACAAGGUGGAGACCAUUGGCGAUGCCUAUUGUGUGGCCGGGGGAUUGCACAGAGAAAGUGAUACCCAUGCUGUUCAGAUAGCGCUGAUGGCCUUGAAGAUGAUGGAGCUCUCUGAUGAAGUCAUGUCUCCCCAUGGAGAACCUAUCAAGAUGCGAAUUGGACUGCAUUCUGGGUCGGUUUUUGCUGGAGUUGUUGGGGUUAAAAUGCCCCGUUACUGUCUUUUUGGAAACAAUGUCACCUUGGCUAACAAAUUUGAGUCCUGCAGUGUGCCACGAAAAAUCAACGUCAGCCCAACCACUUACAGAUUACUCAAAGACUGUCCUGGUUUUGUGUUUACCCCUCGAUCAAGGGAGGAACUUCCACCAAAUUUCCCCAGUGAAAUUCCUGGAAUCUGUCAUUUUCUAGAAGCGUAUCAACAAGGAACAAAUUCAAAACCAUGGUUCCAAAAGAAAGAUGUUGAAGAUGGCAAUGCCAAUUUUUUAGGCAAAGCAUCGGGAAUAGAUUAACAAAAUAUAUGCCUGAUGUUAGCCGUUGGGGAUUGACUCCUUCAAGCAUUUGUGGAAUCUCUGAAAGCACUUUAGGAUGCAGAUGGUUAAAAAGCAGUAUUAAAAUUUCAGGAGCAGAGUCAUGAUCUACUCUUUCUUCCAUUCAACAUGACAAAAAAUGUAUGCACUUCAAUACUUCAGCUCUUCCGUGAAAAUAAAAACAUAACCUCGAGAAGUAACUUUGGGAGGGAUAUUUUUGUUAUAUAACAUUCACUUAUUAUCUGUACUUAAAAUUUAGCACAUUGUACCUAUAUCAAGUAAUUGUAAUAACCUGUACAAUGUGAUGGAGUCACUUGUAUUCUUUGUCCUGGUAGAAUGCCAACUGUGUCUGUGAUAGUGUUGCCUUAAAAAAGCUUUCAAAUAGAAAUGAUAGUCUUUGAUGCCAUAAGCUCUUUGGACCUUUAAACUCUGAAUUUUAUUAUACUUUCACAUGUAAUUGUUUAGCAUUCAUAAAAUAGAUUGAGGUUUUUUUCUCUUGCACUUUUCUUUUUUCUAUUUUUAAGAAAAUAAGCAAUUAAGGGUUAGAUGCAAUAUGAAUAUAAAAUAGAUCUUCUGUAAAUAUCAAAGAUUGUUUUAUAAACAUAUUCUCCAUAACAUAAUGUGUCAUUAACAAUAAAUAUUUCCUUUUAUUUGCAUUUUUAUUCAACAUAUAGUAAAGAUUUUUUCAUUGUUAUUAGCAAUUUAGUUCCUAUUCAUUUAUGUCUUAUAGUAUUUAGAAUAAAAGAGAAUUAAGCCUAUGUUAAAAUGCAAUGAUAUCAUUUUGAUUUAUUUUAAUCAGAAGCAACAUGGGAGUAAAGUAAGCAUUUGGGGAACAUAUAAUAAAGUACAGAAAUAAAAUAUUUACACACAGAGAGUAAUUUGGGUCUACUUCAGCAGAUAUAGUCUACUGCCAUGCUGAGCUACAUGAAAUUCCAGUAAGAAAACCCAAAUUCAGAAUUGGAAAAUAAAAAUUGUUCUUUUUUUUGUAAGAGUGAAUUUUUCAAGUAUUUGUAUUGAAUACUUUAGUGUGCGUAUAUUUUCUGAAAACCACUAGGGGGGUUGUCUUACUAAAUACACACUUAUGAAUUUUUUUUAUUCUAGUUGAAAUAUCUCAAUGAUACUGCUUGAAGAAAAUGUUAGUGUCAUUGAAGAAAAUUAUGCUGUGAUUUUAUUAUGAAAAAUUUUAAACAUUUUUCUGGAGCUGGAACUUUAACUUUUAAUAAUGUUAGUCUAAUAUAUCUGGUUACCUAAACCUAAGUAAGGAUUUGAUUUUAAAAGAGCUCAACUUCGAAGCAAGAGAAAGAUGAACAUUAUAAUUUUUAAGUUAGUAUUAGUAGAGCCAUAGAUACACUGAAAUUUUAUUUGGAAUUCUAAGAAAUAACUCAGUUUGAAAUUUCUCUAAAGAUCUCUAGUAGUUCCCAGGCUACCCCAUGGUGAUCUCAGGAAUAAAAGUAAUUACUAAUUGGCCUCUAAUAUCCUACCUGUACCACUAUAGAUAUAACAAUGAUUAUUACUAAGUUCCCCAAUUUCUUGAAGGACUGAAUAUGUCUCCUUAAAUACCAAUCCUAUUGUUGGAAAAUAUCAUAGGUAUUGGGAAUAUAUAGUUCUGUGAAGUUCAGAAAAAUACUUAAAAGGAAAACAAAGACAAAUACAUUUUUCUUUCUGUAACUGAACACCUAUCAUAGGGAAAAUAACAGAAGUUAAAGAAAAUUUAAAAGCAUAAAAUCAAAUGUCUCCUUUACAGAAAUAUUUAGCAGAUCCCAAUUUCAUAAUAACUUGUUUUCUUAUUUAAAUUGUUUUUCCUGAGAAUUCCACAAGCUGUUUCUCCUAUUCUGAUUUUGUUUUCAUUCAUGGCUUCUUGCCCCAUUAUUUUGUGUCCAGUUUGCAAAAUAAAUUUGCUCUCUAUAGCUAUUUCUCAAGCAAGAAUAGAGUUCCACUGACAUUUUCUAAAGAUGUUUGCAUUAAGAAGCAAAGAGAAAUACAGAAUUAAAAAGUCUCUUUCCAUUUUUUCCUCGUGGUUUUAUUUCCACCUAAACUUUAUAAGAGAAGGCAGAGUUUCAACCUCAAUGAAUAGGUUCACUUACUCAUUCCCAUUUACAUAAUCAUCAUUUCUUGAAUGACUCCCAUAUACUAGAAAUAAUGCUGUUUUUGGAAUUCAGAGAUAAAGUAUGGUCCAUUCUAACAAGAAAGGAAAAUGAAAAAUGAACAUAAGAUAAUUUCAAAAUUCUCUGGGAACACAAAGUAGGAGACCUGUGCUUGGAGAAGUAAGUGUCUUGGUCUUAGAGGAGUUCAUGAGGCAGAGAGGGAAGGACUUGGUCCAGGCGAGUAUAAUAGUACACACAAAGUAAUGCAGUCUUGGAGAUGCCUAGGUAUCCUGGGUAGCAUGUUGCCUGGGAUGAGUUGGAGGUGAGGGAAAUAAGCUUAGAAAGUCUAUUUAGAUGCAAUUCAUGAAGAAGGCUGUUGUUUACAUUAAGGUGUGUGAUUUUGAUGAUGAUGAUGGUUAAUUGUCAUUAUUAAUUUUCAUGGAGCCUUUUGUUCAAAACAAAUCUUACAAACCAACAAACACAAAAAGAAGCAAAACAAAAAAAGCAGACCAUUGUUUUCUGCCUCUCUCCCCAACAGUUUUUAAAACUAGUAGGCAAGGGAAACAGCAAAUGCUAAAGGAAGAAAUGGGUGGUCAUAUGUGUGCUUUUGAAAGGCAGUGUCAGAAACAGCAUGGAGAGAUGUGCAUGUUGACUUGCACAGAUGACCAAAUUGACCUUCUUCUGUGUCUCAGAAGAAAAUGAGUCAUGCUGUAUCCUGGGUGUUUUUACCAGAAGUAUGAACGUAAUUGUGGCAUUGGAAUUUCAUAUUACUCUCUAGGUCAUUAGUUCUUCAGAUCCUUUGUUGGGAAGGAGGGAAGAGUGGCUUCAGCAUUUUGCUAACCUUUCCUUCAAAUUCUCUGUGAUAUUACCAGUCACACCAAGGCAAGACCCUUCCAGGCCUGUCCUAGGAUGGAAAAGGGGCAGAGGGCAAGCAAGUGCGACAGCCUGCCUGUUUCAAAUAGCCCUGGGCAUAGACUUGGCACCCUGAGAUUCCCCAGCUGGGAAAGUGCCCACAUAGAGCUUCACAUACAAAGCCUGUAGGGAGUCUAGGGCCAUACAAAGCUUGAAAAUCACAUUCAAUUCCCUGUUAAAGCAACAGUUAAUAGUCUCAAAGAGAACAAGUUAACAAAUUAUUAUAGUAGUUUGAAGGCUAUGGAUUUUACCUGGAGAAAUUAAUUAGUGAAAAGCAAUCUUUUUGAUCCAUAUUGUUGGGGUGGCUGGCUAAAUCACUACCCUUCACUGAACACUGAAAUACAAAGUUUGUUUUGCCUGCUUGUGCACUUUGGUGCUGCGUCACUCUUAAAUGGCUGUACUCACACAGUUAAAUAAAGGCAGAUUUAAAGGGUGGAAAGAUGGGGGAUAUGACUGGAUGGGUGGGAGGCGAGUCACCAGAGGGGUUGCAAUUCCGGUAAAGGAGAACUAGUCUCCUGCAAAACAAAAACUCAGUCCAGGUUACAGAAACUCAAUGCAGAUGAUAGAAAAUGCAAUUCCCUUUUCUAAUCAUAGGCUAAAAGCAGGGACAGCUUGCUUUAUUAAGCAGAAAACACCCAAAUGCAACUUUAAACCAAGGUUUACAGUGUUGUAUGUUCUUUGUUGGGAUUCUCCUCAAAUCCUGAGAAAUCUUGGUGUCUUGCAGUGAGAAGUGGAAGAAUCACUCCUGUUGUGAAAGCCAGGAGCUUGGGAAGCAUGACGUUUACUCCUUUGUGGUCUUUGUGGCCUUGAGCUUUCUUCUUUCUGCAUGUUUGCUUCCAGAUGUUUGGUAUAGUGAGACUCCCUUUUAAAUACUUCGUUUAUUACGUUGAUGAUGUGUACUCUUUCGGUAUUCUUCCUUUAAGCCACAUCAGACAUUUUGCAUUUGACUUUAUUGCCAUCUUUAUUUAUCUUUUUCACACAAACUAUUUCCUUAUUUUUUCACCCCAAUUAUUUCUUUGCUUUCUUCUUCAUGUUCCUUUCAUUCCUUAUUCAGUACAUGCCCCCCAUAGCAAAACCUUCAUAAAUGCAUAGAUUCUAUUGUUUUUAAGUAAAGGGGAAAUAGUGAUCUUCUAAAGGCCAGGCUUCUUUCAUCAUCAGUAUAGAUUAUUUUGAUCAUCGCAUACUUAGUUUUAAAAAACUGUUAAUAUUUUAGAUUUAAACACUGGGAUAGAAAUGAGGACAGAGUAUAAAUGUUCUAGGACUUAAUUUUAGACAUUUCUGGUAGAAGAGUUUGGAAAAGUUUGUGCUGCCUCUCAAUCAUUUAAUGGCACAAUAUUAAAUUGCCGAUACACCUAACUAUUUGUGGAAACUGCUUGCAAUGAACUGCCUUCUUCCCUAGAUAACUUGUAUCUUGCAAAACUGAAGCAAAUAAAAAUAUAUCAAUAUGUGAAAAUUUACUGUUCCUUUACCUCUGGCCACAUGUAAAUUAAAGAUGCCCUGCAAAAUCUUAUAACAGAAAUUAUAUCCACUAAAGUGCUGGUCUCCAGCUUUUUGGACUUCUGCAACUAUGAAUAAAAUAUUUUAGUACACCAACAAUGUAUUUUAAAUACAAAAAAUAAGUAUCAUAUAAAUAGUAUUAAUGCUUAGGAUUAACAAAUAUAAUAUGCUAUUUUCAAGCCUAUAUACUACAAUACAGUUAUAAAACUUUUUUGUUUAUGAGUGUGAAUAUAAAUAGAAAUUUUAGUAUUUUCUUCUCUUACCCCAGCCUAUCAUCCUUAUAUUUUACUUUGGAAACUGCUGCAGUUGGCUGGUGGAUCUUCACUUUGAUUGAGCCAUAUCACUUUGAGAAGGUGGAUAAAAGUCAUAGAACAUCAGCUCUCCCAAAAUAUGCGGAUGAUCUCCUAGCCCAAGAUUUAUAUAUACUUCAGAGGUUUGGGAACUUCCUGGAGUCCACCCCACUGAGGUAGCAUAGAUUCCGAAAGAACAUAGAGGGGAAAAGAGUAAAUAAUCUUCAAAAAGAGAAGACAAUGAAUAACUGGGAAAGGUCUGACUUUUGGGUUAAAUGGGCCACUUUUAAUUUUUGAGUAAUAAAGGAAAUAUGUGCACUUUAUGUUUGUUGUUUUUUUGUGUGUGAAAUGAUUCAUGGGCCUUCACAUAUAGGUAACUACAUGUUUUUCUUUUGUUGUUUUUUUUUCCAGCAAACAUUUGACAUAUCUUUCAACAUAUUUUUCUCUAGCUUCUGGUAAAUGUGUGCUGCUAACAAUACUCCCCUUUUAUCCCCUAAUUUAAGUACUUCUUUUUAUUUUUCUCUACGUGAAAGAGGAUACCUAUUGGACUUUGCAUUGAAAACCUUCUUGAUGCUAACAAUACUCUUUUUAUUAUAACUUUCAUUGUUGCUUUAAAUAAUAUGUUUAUUUUGAGUUCUGCUUCUGGCAGCAUUGCAAAGUUUAUUAAAAAGUUAUCCUGUGUCUCUGAAGCUCGUUAGAUAUUGAUGCUGCUACAUAAAUAUUGUA